GACAGAGGGUGUAUAUACCUGAGUAGACAGCGAUAAAGCUAGGGUAAGUUGGUAGGAAUGACUACCACUAGGAACAGUAGUAGGCAGCAGAUAGGUGACGUCACCACUGGACAAUAAGCUGGGAAUGACAAACAAACUAUGAGGGGAUAUCACUCUGAACGUCCACACCGGACCGAACGUGGACGCCGCGAUUUUAGGAUGGCGAACGGUCCGUGCCAAUGGGUGUUGCUGUUGCUCCUACUAGCGGUGCUAGUUUUGGCCAUUGUGGCUUUUGCCACACCUAAUUGGGCCUACAUUUCGUUGACUGGCAACACAGCAGCCUUUACUUUUGGUUUUUUCGAUGUCUGCCAAUCGAGCACUUGUGCAACAUAUUUGACUUUCUUCCGGCUGGACCGAUACAGUGGUGAGAUGGUUGGCUGUAUACUAUUCCUGUUGCUGGCCAUCCUCAGUCUGACUAUGGCGCUGUUCUUCUGUUUCUCGUCUGUAUGUGUGGAUGUACUCCGGGAGUGCUGCCGAGGAGGAUGUGGCUCGGACAAACAGAAGAUUCUCGCAUGCGCAUGCUUCGCUUUACUCGGAGGUUUCUGUGAACUGGUGACCGUUGUUUGGUUUUACGUCAACACAAUCCAGAACUACAACGCUAUCAACACAUUUCGGUUCCUGGUGGCCUCAACAAGAGCCGAGUACUCGCUCAUCCUUGCCUCAGUAAGCGGUGGACUCGCCAUCGUCAUUGCCUUCCUCCUAUUUUUAUACCGAUAUAUGAUGUACGAUGACGAUGACGAGUACUAUGAUGAUUACCCGAGAAAGCCUGUAAGACCUUCCCCAGAAACUGUCCGCCGGUAUGCACCACCGCCCCCACCUGCCUCUCGCCCCCCGCCUAAAAUGGGAUCUUCUUACAUAAUGCCGGAUCCAAUCCGACUUCCGGACCAGCCAGUUAGUAUGGCUCCUUCUGAAUACCGACAAAAGUACGGAAACCAGGCACCCCAGGUGUAUAGAUACAGCUUCAAGAACGACGAAGAUUUCUGGCGUUAUGAGUCGGACAAACCGGACACACGCCCUGAUAGCUAUCGACUGUACAGUGGGGAUCGUGGAAACCGCUACUAGUACUGAGGAAUAUCUAGCCAGAAACAGCAUCAACAAAGAACUGGUAAAACAAAUCUUAAGGAGGGCUAUAUCAACGGAGAAUCUGGAAUCUGCAGCCUGAAACUGAACAGUAUCAACCGGUAAAACAAAUCUUAAGGAGGGCGAUAUCUAAAGCAUCAACGGAGAAUCUCUAGCCUGAAACUGGACAAUAUCAACGAAGAAUCACUAGUCAAACACUGGAAAACUGGCAAAACCAACCACAGGGGGGUCAUUCUGAUUUCGUCAUAUUUGAAUAGGUACUAAAGAAACAUGAAAAGCGAUCAUUGGCAGUGCUAACUAAGGUCGCUGAUAUAUAUAUAACUUUAAAUUGAGUUUUGUGAUGUACAUACAUCUGAUAGCAUGUUUCCAGUUGUACCAGUCGACAGAAUAAAAGUUUCCUCCAGGCCCUCAAGAAAAAUUAGGAUGCAAAUACACGCAUCCGGAACUUCAGUUGGGAUUCAAAUUCAAUACGACGACUCCCGGCCGAAUUACCUGUGAUAGCAAUGAAAUAAACAAGGUUGUUGUUUGAUCAUCUCGGUCAUUGUCCUUGGUAAACGUCUAAUCAUUGUAAUGGUAUUCCAUAGAUAGAUACCUGUACUUAUCAAUGUAAACAAUGCCUUUUUAAUACUAUAAAUAGAUAUACGGAAUACACUAUAAGUGCCGCACCGGUUGCUAUAGCUACCUGUAUGUCAAUUUAUUCGUUUCUUUGGGUAUGGUGCGCCACCCAAUCAAACACUCUGUACUCACUAACAUAUCGUCUAUAUCAUAAUACAGUUGAUCAUUGUUAAUGUUCAAGUGUAAAUUACACGAUUAACAUUGCUACCUGCCCGGUCAUUUAGAAUUGAUAUAUACGUAUGAUCACAUGUCUCAUUGCCUGUUACAUAGUAUGAUUAUAUACAACACUAUAUAUAAUACUUGUCUCGAUUGUUUGAUAAGAGAAUACAAUGUAUAAAAGACUUAUACCAGGUGUGAACAUGUAAAUGUAUACAUUAAAAUCCUAUAUAAUUUGAA